AUGUCAUGGAGAUUAGGUUUAGCAAUUAGGACUUCAGCAGUCGGGAGUUUCGGCAAGUGUUUGGCACCUCGGAAGAGUGUCUUCCUUCAGCAGGGGAGAGGGCGUGUCUGCCUUGGUACUAGUUGUUUUGAGGCUGGAUAUGCUCGUCGUGAGAUGCAAGAGGUUGAGACAUACAAGAAGAAGCAGCAACAUCUUUCCAAACCAAGUAAUCUUCAGCCACUUAGUGGGUAA